AUUUGUAAGUUUUGAUUUUCGAAGGUCCAUUUCAUCAUAUCGAUUUUGGCAACCGUUCUGGUACACAACCAUAUGUAUAUAAAUGAUGAUGAAUAUCACACAAAAAUCAGUUGCGAAUUAUUUAAGUAAAGCAAUAAUCUAUCAUUUUUAGUAUAAAAUGGCUAACAUUAUUACAAGAGUAAUGAGAAUUGCCAAGAAGAAAUUUGGCUUAAGAAAAAAAUCCAAAGUCAUCUCAGUAGAUUGUGCAUCACAAACAAAUACAAUGGCAGAAGAAAUGGUCGCUCCAAUAAAAUCUGUUACAGAAAUAAAUAUUUUAGAGUCUCAGAUUAAAGAAGUAAAAGACAUGGCAGUUCAGACGUCUCUAUUAAACUCUCACAAAUUUACUCAGACAAAUAAUAAACUUAUUUAUAAUGUGUCUGAGACACAAACAGAAAUGUCGUUGUUUAAUUCGUUAAGUUGUGAAACACAAACUAGCGUCUCAAUAGAAAAUCUUAUUUUAAAUACAAAAUCUUUGGACGAGCCUCAUAAUUCAAAUUCAAAAUUGAUAAAUUAUAUGCACACUGGAGAACCAGUGUGCCUCUUAUCUACUAAAAAUGAGCCUCUUUUAAAAGGUAUGUUUAAUUUAACCACUGAAGGUAAAUUUGAACAAGAUUCUAAUAAAAAUAUCACAUUAGUUAAUGAAUUUAGAGAGCAUGAUUUGCAGUCAUGUACUUCGUUGCCCUUAGAAACAUCUAUAAAAGAAGAUGUGUCGAAUGAUUUGUCAAAUGCUGAAGUGUGCGUUAAUAAAACAUAUUCGAAUGACGGUGUAGAGAACAAGCAGACAAGAACUCAGGUCGACAAUGGACUAAAAAUCUAUACCCUGUUUAAUAUUCCUCAAAUUCAAUUAAGGAAUAAUUAUGUAUAUAACAUGAGAGUGCUGUAUUGUAAAACAGAUUAUAUUUGCAUGACAAAAGUAAAAAAUGAACAAAACAUAAGAUUUAUGGAAAACAGUAUGAAUUCACAUUACAAACAAACACAAGAUCACAAUUAUAAACCGCAACGUGAUGAACUCUGUGCUGUUAAAUAUAGUGAUGGUAGUUGGUAUAGAGGAAUUUGUAUUGAUAUUGAAAAUAGUGUGGAGGGAAGUAAUUUUUAUAUUAUUAAUUUAAUUGAUUGGGGAGAGUCGGUGUCUGUAACAUCUUCUGAACUGCGAAGAUUAGACAUUUUUUAUAUGAAACACGCACCAUUGGCAGUUAAAUGCAUCAUAUUAGAUUUCAAGUUAUUUAACGCACAUCAAAAAAAUCUGCGUAAACUACAGAAUAAUGAAUAUAAAUGUAAAAUAAAUUUAAGACUUGGCGACCGUAACUUUUUAAUAUCUUCAAAAACAAUUAUGGACAUAUUACGUGAUCGUUAAAAUUAUUGAUAUUUCUUUAUACUUUAUAUUUUUUUUGUCCAGUAUUCAAUUAAUUAACUUAACUUGUGUUUAAAGAAAUUAUUUACUGUUUUCAUUAUAUAAUUA